ACAUUUAGGCUGAGUAGCCCUGUCUUCCCCACUCUACCUAAUCUCCAUUCAUAUUCACGUCUCCCACCUCUGAUAUCGAGAAAACGGACUCGUCAAUUUGCCUAUACUUGCAAAUAAAUAACAAUUUUCCACUUGAAUGGUGCGGUCGUGUUUUCCAGAUUGCAGAAAUGACAGUGAUGAUUGACUCAAUAUGUUGAAAGCUGUUCCUAACCUCACUGUUAAUCCCUGAGCCCCAAAAGUCAGAAGUAAAGAUGACUGAGAAAGAUAAAAACAUAAAAGACACCGAUGAAGAAUCUCCAGAGCCUGACAAACUCCCUGAUGUCACAAUCGAGGAGGACAGACAAUUCCUCAUGGACUACAUCAAAGAACUCGAGCAGAGACUGGCCUCCAAGGAAGAAAUUCGGUUGGCCAAUCUUAAUCCAACGAGACCGCCAGAUUCGUUCUUCAGCAAACUCGACUCAAAUCUCAAGAAAAACACAACCCUCGUGAAGAAACUUAAGACUUUCAGUGCAACCCAGCUGGAUCAGCUCUUGAAAGACAUAAGUAAUUUGAAUCUGACAAAAUACAUAAGUGAAAUAGCCACUGCCUUAGUAGAUGCCAAACUCAAGAUGACCGACGUUCAGCCAGCGGUAAAAGCAUGCUCAUUCCUCCACCAGACGUACGCAGAAUUCUCUAGUCAGUUUUUCGAGAAUUGGCAGAGAGUACUGUCCAUCAAAGUCGGCGACAAAAUCGCCAAUCCCAGUAAACUUCGUGUGGAUCUCAGAUUCUAUGCUGAGUUGGUGAAUGCAGGCAUUUUCACCUACAAGCAGGGUCUCUCCCUUUUGGGGUCAGUGCUCACAGUGCUGAUAAACAUGGACAAGGAGGAACACAACAACGCCAGCAUAAUCUUGAGCUUUUGUCGCCACUGUGGCGAGGAUUACGCUGGUCUAGUACCAAGUCGUGUGCGUCAGCAGUCAGAGAAACUUAACAUAUCAAUUCCCAAGAGCAAACUUCUAUCAUCAGACAAGCAGCAGAAUGUUCGAACUUUGCUGCGAGACUACUACAACUCCCUCUGCAAGCACCUGUUGAAGGAACACAAGGACAUGCAGGCGUUUGAAAAGCAGAACAGAAAAAUUCUCCAGACAAGGGGUGAGUUGAGUGCAGAGAGGAAAGAGAAGUUCGAAGCCCUCCAGCUUUCCUAUGAACGCCUCAUGACGUGUGUUCAGAAUUUCUCUGAGACUCUGGACGAGAACAUUCCAGAAUUGCCAGUCGAUAGUGAGAUCAAAGCUGAGACAGAUGAGUCCUUGAAGAUGAUCAGCGAGGGAGAGGAGAACAGCACAAUGGAGGAUAUGUGGGGGGACGAGGAGACCAGGCGAUUUUAUGAAGUUCUACCUGAUCUCACUGUUUUCCUACCCGGCUCUUAUCUCAAAGAAGUAUCUAAAGCAGAAACUCCGAUUACGGAAGAAGCACUCGAUGAGGAAAUAACGUUUGAUGAACUCGAAGAAAUUGAGAAGGUGGAGGAGCCAGAGGCUGAGAUCGAGGAGCCCCAGGUGGCAAAUAUUAGUAAUAAAAUUCUCCUCGAUGCUUUCUUAACUCAUCUACCCAAUUGUGUAAAUCGAGAGAUGAUUGACAAUGCUGCUGUUGAUUUCCUCAUAAAUUUAAAUACCAAGCACAACAAAAAGAAACUGAUAAAAGCUCUUUUCGGUGUUUCGCGAAUUCGCUUGGAUCUUUUGCCAUUUUAUUCUCGAAUAGCUGCCAUUCUCUACCCAGUCAUGCCGGACGUGGGGAAUGAACUGUGUACAAUGCUCAAACAAGACUUCAAGUACCACGUGAGAAAAAAAGAUCAAAUUAAUAUUGAGUCCAAAGUUAAAGUCGUCAGGUACAUCGGAGAAUUGGUAAAGUUUAAACUUUACUCCAAGAUUGAAGCUCUCUACUGCCUCAAGGUUUUACUCCACGAUUUCACCCAUCAUCAUAUUGAGAUGACUUGUAAUUUAUUGGAGACGUGUGGUAGGUUUCUGUUCUGCUCGACGGAUUCCCACCAGAGGACGAAAGUCUACUUGGAACAGAUGAUGCGGAAAAAGGCUGUGACUGCUCUGGACUCUCGCUAUGUCACUAUAAUCGAGAAUGCUUAUUAUUUCGUGAAUCCACCAGAGUCUACCGGGGGUGUCACAAGAAAGGAGCGUCCCCCGAUGCACGAAUUCAUAAGGAAACUGUUAUAUCAAGAUCUAUCGAAGACGAAUACAGAUAAAGUUCUCAAGUGGAUGAGAAAGCUGGACUGGGAGAAUGAAAAUAUCUCGAUGUAUGCGAUAAAGUGUUUGACAGCUGCCUAUAACGUGAAAUACUUGAAUAUAAGAUGUGUGGGAAGUCUUCUAGCUGGACUGGUUGCUCACUAUGAGGCCAUAGGUCCGAAUGUAGUUGACGGUGUCCUCGAGGACAUACGUUUGUGCAUGGAAAUAAAUCUUCCGAAGUACAAUCAACGUCGCAUUGCUAUGGUGAAAUAUCUAGGAGAACUUUAUAACUACAGAAUGGUGGAGAGUGGCGACAUAUUCAGGACUCUCUUCCUCUUGAUAACCUUUGGGGUGAGUAUGGAUCACGGAGCACCGAGUGUUCUCGACCCUCCGGAUCAUCUGUUUCGAAUAAGACUCGUGUGUACGCUGCUGGAGACCUGCGGUCAGUAUUUUAGCGGUGGUUCCAGUAAAAAGAAGCUGGACUACUUCCUCAUCUUUUUUCAGAAUUACUACUGGUUCAAAUACACUGAUUCUAUUUGGACAGUGGAUAAUCCUUUUCCAAUUGGAAUUGAUUAUAUGUAUAGGGACACACUGGUCAUGCUAAGGCCUAAAAUCCAACUCUUCCAGAGUUAUAAAGAGACUCAAACUGCUAUUGAAGAGUUGAAAAACACUCUUUAUCCAAUGUUGGAUGUUAACCGAGGGGAUGGCGAACGAGGAGAGUCUGAUUGUGAUAUGGGUACUAUUUUGGAAGCUGAUGAAGAACAAACUCCGGUUAUUGGUGAUCUUCAUUUCGAUGAGUCUGAGGAUAUUUCAGAGGCACACUCUGACGAAGACUGGAUUAUGGAUCCUGAAAGGGAUGAGAAUCACGAGACUGGUGAUAAUACACAAGGGGAUCAGAGCUUGUCCCAGGGGAUCAACGAAGGAGGAGUGAUUCUGGAUGCGUCUGAAUUGGAUGCUGCACUACCAGCCGGGCCCAAACGAGUCAGUUGUCCCGAGGACGACGAUUUUCUUUCGGCUCUCGACAAAAUUGUCUCUGAUAAUAUUCAGGAUAGAAUGCGGGACAAUGUCAAGGCUCAACAAGUUGAUAUUUCAGUUCCCAUUCAUGUGAAGAGUACCAAGAAAACUUAUGAACAACUCCAGGAGGGGCCAUCAGACAACUCCACGGUGGAUUUUGUUCUCAUGCUGAGGAAAGGGAACAAACAACAGUACAAAAAUCUGGCAGUUCCAGUCUCUUCGGAACUUGCUAUGAAUCUGCGAAAUAGGGAACAGGAGCAGAAGGAGGAGAAGGAACGGGUUAAGAGGCUGACGCUGAAUAUCACUGAGAGACAGGAGGAGGAGGACUACCAGGAGACGAUUAAUCAGGGAACAAGACCAGUUACGGUUAAUCUCAACCGCGAGAGACGACAGAAAUAUAAUCAUCCCAAAGGAGCACCUGAUGCUGAUCUCAUAUUUGGACCCAAGAAAAUUCGAUGAGGAAUCGGCGAAUUUUUUUAUUCCACCCCCCUAUAUGACAGGUGGAUAUAGUCCGUAGCAGAAUCUAACGGUUUUUCUGAAUAAUUCCGGUGGAUUUCUAUUGGAAUUAUUUGAAAAUUCUAUUGCAUACUUUGCCCUAAAACAUUACGUUAUCUUAUUAAAUUUUGAGCAUAAAUUUCAUGCGUUUUUUCUCUCACUAUUCGAUUUACUUUUCACAGUUAGAAAAAAUAAGUCUAUAAAACAUUUUUGUACUUCAUAGUUGUAAAAAUGUACAUGGAGCGAUAGUGUUUGAAUAAUUUCAGAAUAAGUUGUAUAGAAAGAUAAAAAUACUUUAAAUUUCUCUGUAAAAUUUCUUCCUAUACGUAGACAUAGGCUUUUCUUCAUUGUUCGCAAGCUUCCAUAGAUUCAUAUCCCUUAAUUACUCUGCGCAGAAGUUUUUCAUUAACUACACUCAUUAUAUUUCUCACUAAUUUGAUAACAAUCUCAUCAAAGCUCUCAACAAAAUUAUAAAAAAUUAUUCCUGUACGUACUUAUUAUCUGAAAGGUUUUUUUUCCGGGAAUUCAAUUUUCUGAAAUUAAAUAGGAUUACACAUCUCCAUAGCUCUCCUUCAGUCACUGAAAGUAAUUAGUAAUAUAUCUGUGAUUACUGCUUGUAGAAUGAAUCCACUAGAAAUAACUAUAUUCAAUUAUUUUCGCCUUUAAAUAUAUUUUACAAACAAAUACAGAGAAUUAAAUCAGUUGAAAUAUAUGGGAAUCAGGUACAAACAAUUCCAUUGUUUUAUGAUUAAUGUUUAUUUCUAUGAAAUCAUUGUAUUGCCAUGUACAAAAUGAAUAUAAAUAAAGUUUUAGUGCUUCGAGAAUGGCGGGUGUAUAUUAGUACACACCAUCGACGUUAGCUAAUAACGAUACAUUGUGAUUGUUUUUUUCUUCUUAACCAGCAAUGUAGAAAAUAAUACAAUAACAAUAGAAC